GCGGGGUCCCUCCCCGUCGGGGCGCAGCCUCCCCCUCCCAAGUGACGGCGAGGGGGGACGGGGCGUCGCCUCCUCCGGCUCCCGUUGCGCCGCACCUCGCCCGAAAACUCUUCCCACCGUCCCCAUCCCGGGCGCCGGGGCUGUCCCGGGCUCCGCGGGAGCUGCCGGUUCAACAGUGUGACCACUUUCUUGGUUCAUAUACUCACAGCAAAGCCUUCAUCUGUCUCAUGGAUUAUAGAUCUAAAUUGAUGGCUUCAGUAACAGAUGCCAGAUACAGGCAGAAAGAUACUUCAGAUCAAAAUUUUGAUUACAUGUUCAAACUCCUGAUCAUUGGCAACAGCAGCGUGGGUAAAACAUCCUUCCUCUUCAGAUACGCCGAUGACACUUUCACACCAGCCUUCGUUAGCACAGUGGGAAUUGACUUCAAAGUGAAAACAGUUUAUAGGAAUGACAAGCGGGUGAAACUACAGAUUUGGGAUACAGCUGGACAAGAAAGAUAUAGGACCAUCACUACAGCCUACUACCGGGGAGCCAUGGGCUUCAUCCUCAUGUAUGAUAUCACCAGUGAAGACUCCUUCAAUGCAGUGCAGGACUGGGCCACACAAAUCAAGACUUACUCCUGGGACAAUGCACAAGUGAUCCUGGUGGGAAACAAAUGUGACAUGGAGGAUGAAAGAAUUGUUCCAGUGGAGAAGGGGAAACAUCUGGCGGAUCAGCUAGGUUUUGACUAUUUUGAAGCUAGUGCCAAAGAAAACAUCAACGUAAGGCAGGUGUUUGAGCGUCUCGUGGAUAUAAUCUGUGAAAAGAUGUCGGAGAGCAUAGAAUCAGACCCUUCCAGGGGCAAUUCUGGAAGGAGCAUGCGACUCACAGACAACCCACCCCCUUCGCAGCAGAACUGCUCGUGCUAGUGACCUUUCUCGUUGAGAAACGUCCUUCUUUCCUGAUGAAAUUUUAUCUUUUCAUUUGUGGUGACGCAUUAUCAUGUAGUCCAAAGGCAGAAGUCUCUGUUGUAGGAAACUGGUAUGUUUGUUUAAUGUGCUGGAGUGUUAAAAUUAUAUAUUUCCUCAUCCAAUAACUUAAAAAAAAAUCUGACUAUAUAUUGUAAGCGCACCUAGUGUUAAUGUGAGUUUCACAGAAAAAGAAUUGUAUAGUGUUGCAAAUGUUAUUAUCGCAGAGAAUUUUGCAUUUGUAAUUAUAAAUUCCUCUACUGCAGAAAGAGUUUUUUUGUCAAGAACAGCAGGAAUUAUAAAAAAGUCAAAAGGGACCACGUCUAAAAGAAAAUGGGGACAAAAAUCUCUUAUAAAGUAAGAAUUUUGAGUCAUUGUCCUCUAGGCAUAGAUCUCUGUUUUUCUGUACGAUGGAGCAGAAAGCAGCGUAUUUCUAAGGAGAGAUGAGGAGGGAGUGUGCAUGUGUGUAUUUUGUGUUAAGCCUUUAAACAGCAGCAGAGCACAUAGAAGAAUCAAAGCUGUGAGGAGAAGGAGGAGGAGGCCUUGCACCACACCUGCAUUUCCCUGUGCUCUUGGCUGGUGUUGGGUGAAGGAUCAAGAGCUUUCCUAGGGGCUGCCCUUGCCUGCAGACUUCUCCCCAGUCACCACUAAUAGCUUGCAGAGUUCUGGGGGUGUUGCUGUGUUAGGCUCCUCACUGUCCCUCAUCGUUUGUUUCUAGAGGCCCGAGAGCCCAGUGUCCUGCAGCUUUCCCCCUCUAUCCUGUAGUUCUACCUCUCCAGGUUUGGAUCUGCUCUGAUCAACUGCUUGAUGGUGGAUUUGUUGCAGGAAGAAGGAAAGGAGGAAUUGGCUGCUGCAUGCUUAGUUGGAGGCUCAGUCUGACACGUAAGACUUGGAACAGCACUGUCUCAGAAAGAUUAAAAUAUCGUGAGCCAAAAUGUGAGUGUUGGCAAAUAUUAGUGCCAGUAUCAUUAGAUUUUCUUUCUGCAUUUUGUUCUUGAUUUAUUUUUUUACUUUUGUGCUAGAUGGGUGUGUGUUUGGGGUAGUUUUUCUGGUUUCAGAUUCAACCACAAAGUAUGAAUUAAAAAAAAAAAAGAAUGAUUAAUAGAAAAUAACUGCAAAUUAAAAAUGGCAAAGAUGUCCUGUUAGAAUUACUCUAUGGACAUUUUGUCGCAUUGUUGUUUGAAGGGAGGAAUAGUUUCUAAUACUUAACAUCUGAAACAUUCUUCUACUUCCAACAUCCCUAAAAUGACAAGAUUUCUACACCUGUGUGUAGAACUCUGUGAGUAUUAGCCACAGGCAGAGGUUGUAUUUCUCUGAAAUAUAUGGAGGAGCAGCUUUUUCAAAUCUGUGAAUUACAUACACUGUAUGCCUGUAGCAUCACACACCUGUUUGCGCAUCCCAGCUCCAAAAGUGAUUGCAAAUUGUGUCUGUAAAGGUAAAUUAGGUGGAUACGGAGAGUUUGCUGUCUUGAGGUGCAAAUUUAUGGGUUUAUCCUAGGCCUUUGACCCUCUGACUGAAGAGACUUUCCGAUGUCAGAAACUGGAGUUGAGUAUCUGCCCACUGCACUGUAAUUUGCUGGAUUGUGACAGCAGCGAAUGCUUUUGUAAUCUCAUUCUGUUGUGUCUCAAAGUGUAAUAGUUCUAAGAAAAAAAGCACAAUAUUCUGGAGGAAAACGCAACUACAUUGGUGUAGUUUGAGCUCAUUGUGCUAAAGGCUUGAUCCCUUCGUUCAUUUGUAUGUUGCUUUCAGAAAUCUUUAUUGUGACGUACGUGUUGAUCUAGUACUGAAACUGCAAUUUGUGCAGUGCUAGGAAUGUGGCUAUUGUAUCUGAACCCCUGAAGUGGCAAAAUAAACAGAAAUGAGUCACAGCUGUGGCCAGUGAGCUUCCAUGAGCUAUGUUACCAGCACUAGGCAAUUGUGUGCACUUAUAAAGAAAGUAUCUUUUAAAUGCUUUCGAAAUACCUUGAUCUUUUUUUGACAGGGUGAUGAUCCUUAAGCCCAUCAGUCAGGAAUCACUAGGGAGAUUUAAAACAGAGUGAAGAAUUAUUUGGCCAAUAAAUGCACAGUGCAGUGUUUAAAUUGUAGCAGAAGCAGGUUUAGGGCAACUUGUGCAACUAGCAAAAAGAAAUAAAAACUCCCACAGCAGGCAGUGAUGAUUUUGAGCUGUGCAGCUAUAAUAGAGUACCAUGGUGC